UAUAAGCAUUUUUUGGAAUGGCGCGUUGCAAAUCCGUAAAUUUACCUUAGCAUUAGAGUAUAAGAUCCUCACUAAUUUUGAACCGCUCGUCCACGUCGCUGAAUUGCCUGAUUACUAUUGUCAGAAAGUUUUUAUUGUAAUAUCCGCUUCUCUUUGUAACAAAUGACAGUUUGGCCUUGAUUUGCCCUGAUUACGUAAUCAGUGCCAACAAGUGUUGUUGCAGGGGGGUUAUAACCCAUGAUAGGCUUGGCUAAACCCAAAAACGAGUAGAACUGCCUUGGCCGUGACAUAGGCCUACAGAGACGCUAGGCCUGUAUUAGACUAUUACAAACUGGAGUAAGCUCCUGACGAGGUGUAUGAUCCGAUUUGGUCACAUUUUAAGUAUCAUAUCAGCCAUGGAGCGUGUAGACCGGGUCGUCGACUCACUCAAGGCCAAUCUAGCUCUGCAGGGCACUGAGAAACAGGAAUGCGAGCAGGAAUUCGACAACUUAUCACGGGAGAAUGAUUACAUUACACUUGAGCAGUUUGAAACCAACGCCAAGGCUGAUAUCGACAAGUCGAUGCCAAACGCAACAAAAGAAGAUAAAUCAGCUGCCCUUGCUAGAAGAAUGCACCAGGUUGAAAUGGCUGAUCGAGACUGGGAUGGUACCAUAACGAAGACAGAGUUCAUGAACAGUCGUAUAUACUCGAAGCUGCAGACCACCAUGGUGCAGGAGGUGGAUGGGGAGGAGAUGCCCAUGGAGAAGUUCCUUGGUUGGUUGAAGAAGUGGUGUGUCCUCACUCCAGAUGCGAGCGCCGUGCUGAAGAGCGUCCUCGAUGGAGAUGGAGAGGCCAACAUACAAGAUUUGGUGGAUGGUCUGUUUGAACUUGCCUUCCCUUGCCCCGAAGUCAUGGUUCAGAGAGUCGUCGACGCCGUAAGAAAGAGUUUCACCUUGUCGGACCAGGCAAAGCAAGAACAAAAUGGCGAAUUCGAAAAAAUCUGCGGCACUAGGAAUUUCAUUACGAAGGACCAGUACAGAGCUGCCACACGGGAAUACGUCAAGAGGACAGUCCCAGACAAGAACGUACGAAAACUGAUCCGCCAUGACGUCAAGGUGCAGCGGAGGAAAAACAACAUAAUGAAACUUGAUGAAAGCCAAGCCAACACAGGAAAGAUUACCAAGACCGACUUUCUGAAUGGCCGGAGUUACGUGCAUCUGCUGUCGUCCCUGGCCUCUUACAACGCUGACGGCGACGCCGUGAUGGACCGUCCCGAGUUCGUAGCCUGGCUCGUUGACAGGUGCGGCAUUCACGACGAGGCGUACGCCGACGCCGUCAUCCAGCAGUUCGCAGGGGACGCUGAGUUACAAAUAAAAGUUCUACUUGAUUGUCUGUUCGAACGUGCCUUCCCAACAGAAGAGGCUAGAGUGAGGCGUGUUGUCGAGUGUAUACAGAAAGCAUUCAAACUGACCUCUGAAGAAAGGCAAAUUGAAGAAAAGGAUUUCGAAGAUUUCUGCGGCAAAGGCACCGAGUUUAUCACGAUGGAACGGUACAGGGAGAUUGCUAAAGCCGAGUUGAACAAGAAGUUUCCUGGCAAGAACAUGAAGAAAGCAUUGGAUGCAAAGGUUAAGAAGAUGGAGGAAAAGGACAGAAAUCAGGACGGAAAUAUCACCAAGACGGAAUUUCUGAUCCACCGGAUCUUCUGGCGAUUCGAGAACGCAUUUGAGCACAGUUACGAAGAUGAAAUCGAGGAGGCCGACUUCGCGGCAUGGUUGAGGAAAACGUUUACUUCGUUGUACAGCAAAGCUACUGGGGAGAGAGAGUCGAUGCUUGAUGCUUCAGCUAUCUUCGAGGUCGUGCUCCCAGGAGGAGAAUUGCAGGUUCUUCUUGAUGGUCUAUUCGACCGUGCGUUCCCUCCAUCUAACGUCAGGGUCAAGAGAGUCAUCGAGGCCAUCAGGACAACCUUCGGCCUGGAACUUGAAGAAGCAGACAAACUCAUGGACGAGUUUGAUAAACUUAACGACGAAGAAGACUUUCUUCCAAUGGAUGUGUACCUGCCACUAGUGGAAAAGGCUUUCCAGGAGAAGUUUAAGGACACGAAGAUACCGAAACAUGUAAUCGAUCGCCUGCUCAAGAAGAGAAUAGACAAUGUCAAGAAGAAAGAUCUGAACGCAGACGGUAAGAUCACAAGAGAGGAGUUCCUCAAUGGAGAGAUCUUCUUGGCCCUGGAGACUAGCCUCAACUGUUACGAUGCUGACGGCGACCUGAUCAUGGAAAAGCCUGAGUUUAUCUCUUGGCUGGCUGAGAGGUGCCAGUUGUAUGAUGAGGCCUACACGGACGCGGUCAUGCAAGAAUUCCUGCCUGAUGGGGCCUUAACACUAAAAGUUGAAGAAUUGACGGACGGUCUGUUUGAUAGGGCGUUUCCCUCGGCUGAUUUCAUUGUGGACGAGAUGGUGAAAGGUGUUCAUGAAUUAUGCCAACUGACUAGCGAAGAGAAUGAGGAAGCCACUAACGAAUUCAAUGAAAUAUCUGGUGGAAACACGUUCUUCACCAUGGAACAGUUCAAGGACAAAACGGAGAAACUUGUUGAAGGACGAUAUGGAAAAGGGGCUAGUUCUCGUAAGGACCGCAUCAGGGGGCUGAAACACCAAAUAAUUCAAGAGAAUGGCCUCAAUAAUGAUGGAAAGAUCUCGCGUGACGAAUACGUGGCUACUGAAAGAUAUAUCAAACUGGACGAGAGUCUGCGAGAGUAUGGUGAAAAACUGGAUGACCUCGCUGAUGACGUCAUGGAUUUGGAGGAAUUUGAAAGGUGGCUUGCCGAGCGCUGUCAAAUCACAGAUGAUGUCAAGACGUACGCUAUUCUAGCCACUCAGGAAUUCUUACCCGACGAGGAGGACCAGUUACACCUGGGAGUUCUGGCUAAAGGUCUCUUCAAGCGUGCGUACCCCUCGGCAGCCUAGAACAGCCCAUCUAGACACAGUGAAAGCUAUCACGGACUGAGAUAAUAAAGACACUUAUAACACUAAAGACAAUAAUAGAAUCUUUAUUUUACUGGCCGCGAUGGAGGUAUUAAUAUGACUUAAUAUCUCUCGUCCCCUGUCAACAAUCAGGCCAAUCAUCACCACAGAAAGACGCACGUGGAUUAAAGGAAGCACAUAUAGAUGAAAGCGUAAAAAAUUAUCAGUAUCGACUUUAUAGCACAUUGGAGGCGAAUAAUAUUGAAUACGACUCAAAUUUUAAAUUAUAUUGCGGGAUUAACGAGUCGUUGAGUUGCCUAGUACGUCUUUUAACGACGCCCGCCGGUCCUUCUGCGGUGGCCCUUGAUAGUGGUACCAUCGGUUGUAGACAUUGUAUGUCUUAUAAUGCAAAAUGUAAUAACGAUUCUAA